AUGACUUCAAAAAUUCUGAUGGUUUGCUUGCUUUUCUGCCUGAUUCAAGCGGCUUUCGCCACUGACCGACCGUCCUUGUCCUGCUCUUCAAUGAAGAAAAGCCCAGUUUGGUCGAAAUUCAAGUGCUGGGCGGCUUGUCAAGCUAUCAACUGCUCAACCGGCGAGUGUAGGAACAUCAACGGCCGCGCCACCUGUGAUUGCGCCUGCAAGAAGGGUCCGGUUUUGAUCGACGCCAUCAGCAAGCUUCCAAUUGGCAAGGGUCGC